UCUUCCUUCUUUUUAGCUAUUUAUAUGCAACAAUACCGAAGCAAAGCUGCCACUGCCACUUCUUCUCUCCCACCACUAUCUCUCUCUCUUCCCUCCACUUCACAAAAACAACGAAAAUGAAGAGAAAUUCUUCUACUCCUCUGCUUCUUCUUCUCCUUGCUUUCCUAUUGCUGUCUCGUUCCUUUUCUGCAUCUGCUCGUCUCCUCCUGGAAGCAGAAACCUCAUCACAGACCAAAGUAGGUAGCAGUGAUGCCGGUGGUCAGACGGAGUUGGUGAGAAGGGAAGAUCAGAAGACUGCGGCCGCCGAUCACUUUGCUUCUGCAGGUUCACUCAAAGAAGAAGACUUUUCCACGCUGAUGGGAGCAGAGGAACUGGAGAACGCAGAAGGAGUUUGUGAAGAGAACGAUGAAGAUUGCCUGAAGAGAAGGAUGGUCGCAGAGGCUCACUUGGAUUACAUCUACACUCAGCACCACAAGAACCCUUGAAAAUUGAAGAAACAUUUAGUUGAUUUUAUAGCUUUUGUUUUUCUUGGCACCCCGAAACCAAUGUUCAUAGUUUUAUAAUUAUUAGUCAGUUUGCAGAAUACGGUGAGCUUAGUAUUAUAAAUAUGGUAUAUAAAUUCGUAUUAGUAAGAAAGCAAAAUACGGAUCUUCUUCUAGUUAUCGAUUAAGAUUUAAGACGCAUACGUUGGAGACUAUUCCAGCCGUGACUGCCCACCAUAUUAAAUCAGUAGAGCACUAGGGAAGAGGAAUUCCGACAAGGAAUCCAUAGGUUUGUGUACCUUACGCAAAAAAGGAAUUUAUAAUAAUGAAUUUGGUGAUGGCCAUCCACCAUAUUAAAGUAGGG